AUGAGUGUUAAACUUAUUCAACUUUAGUUUAUCGAUAUUGCUUAGUAAUUGGAGAUUCAACUAUAAGGCCAAUUUGAUUAAAAGUAGGAUGAAGAGUAGGUGAUAUUUGAUUAUGUUGAUCCAUCCUCUGGUGUAUUGAUGAACUAGGAUAAUAGAAAUCAGCUUUACUAUGAGAUGCUAGGAAUUGAUCAUUUUCUUAAGGAUUAUAAGCAAGUUUAAAUCGGAAUGUGCAAAGUAGUCGACCAUCCUAUUUAUGGAUUAGAUGCUUACCCAGCUACGAUAUUUACUAAUGCUGAUGAGAAUUUGCUAAUAGACAAACUAAAUUCUAUUAUAAAGUAAUUUGAUUUUUAGUGA